GUUAGAUAGACAGAUAUGAGUGGUUUUGACGACGAUUUCAUUCAUACCAUUGACGAAGACGACAAUGUCCAAGUUAUCGAAGAGUUAUCCGAAGAAGAAGUUGCUGUCACCACCAACAAGAAACGAAAGGUUUCGAAGAAGGCUGCAAAGAAGAAUGCCACCAAGGAGGAUAUGGACAACUCAUUCACUUUCAACAUUGAAGGUGGAGGUGCUUACAAAAACAAUACCAUGGACUGGGAUUUUGCAACAACUCGUGAAAAGCUGAAAGCUGAGACAUUGGUACCUCGUACAAACAUCGAUGACAUUAUUGCAAAGAAGCUCAAGGAAAAGAAGCAGCUGAAGAAUGGAAAAAAGAGGAAGGCAAUAGAAGCUGAUGAAACUCAGGAGGUCGAAGCCGUCAACGGUGAAGGUGCAAACAUUUCAGAUAACGAUGAAGAUCUGGCAGUGGACGGGUUCGGAGGCGGUGUAGUCGAAGACGAAGAAGAGUCUGAGAAUGACUCCCAAGACGACAGCGAGGCUGAGAGCUCAGAAAGCGAGAGUGAAGAAGAAAACCAAGGGGAUCAGAAUGAUGAGUCGGAUGAUGAGGCCAAUGGCGAAGAUGAUGAGGAAGUCAACCAGUUUGAAAUAGAGCGAAAGAAAGCAUACUUUGCUCCAGAUUCAGAUCAACCCGAAAUGCUUUAUGAAUCUUUCUCGGCCAUGAAUCUGUCACGACCGAUUCAAAAAGGUCUUGCGUCUGUCGGCUUUGUUGCACCAACUGCAAUUCAGUGCAAAACUAUACCCGUGGCUCUGCUUGGCAAGGAUAUUUGCGGUGGUGCCGUGACAGGUUCUGGUAAAACUGCAGCUUUCGUUGUCCCUAUCUUGGAGCGACUCUUGUAUCGCCCUCGUCAAACAGCUACAACACGUGUGCUCAUUCUGUGCCCUACUCGUGAGUUGGCUGUCCAAGUCCACAGUGUUGCUGUUAAACUCGCCAGCUUUACAGACAUACAGUUUUGUCUUUGCGUUGGUGGAUUAAGCGUCAAGGGUCAAGAACUUGAGCUCAAGCAAAAGCCAGAUGUCGUAGUCGCAACACCAGGUCGAUUGAUUGAUCACGUUCGAAAUUCUCCCAGUUUUACGUUGGAAAGUUGUGAAAUUUUGGUUAUGGAUGAAGCUGACAGAAUGUUAGAAGAUGGUUUCGCGGACGAACUUGGUGAAAUUGUUAAAUCUUGCCCCAAAUCUCGACAGACUAUGUUGUUUUCGGCCACUAUGACUGACAAUGUAGAUCAGUUGAUCCGCAUGUCAUUGCAGCGACCUGUGCGCCUCAUGAUAGAUCCUUCCAAUCAGGCUGCAGCGAAACUUACACAGGAAUUCGUCCGAAUUCGAGCCCAUAAGGAAGCCGACAGACCUGCUGUACUUCUUGCUUUAUGCAAAAAGACUUUCAAACGAAAGUGUAUCGUUUUCUUCAGAUCCAAAGCGGCAGCGCAUCAAAUGAAGAUUGUGUUUGGACUAUGCGGCUUAAGUGCUGCAGAACUUCACGGAAACCUUUCUCAAGAGCAACGUUUGGAAGCAUUGGAGAAGUUCCGAGAUGGCGAAGUUGACUAUUUGCUUGCCACCGAUCUUGCCUCACGUGGUCUGGAUAUCAAGGGUAUAGAGGUGGUCAUCAACUUUAAUAUGCCUCAACAGUUCGCUCAAUAUCUCCACAGAGUCGGAAGAACGGCAAGAGCUGGUCGUAAUGGAAGAUCCGUUACUUUGAUUGGUGAAGCUGAUCGCAAACUGCUGAAGAUGGCAGUAAAGUCAUCAAACAAACAACAAGUAAAGCACCGGGUGGUUCCAGCAGAACUGAUCUCCAAGUACAAGGCAAAGUUAGAAGCCAUUACCGAGGAAGUCAAGGAUGUUAUGAAGCAAGAAAAGGAAGACAAGGUUAUACGACAGACGGAGAUGGAGUUGAAGAAGAGUGAGAACCUUUUGCAGCAUGCAAAUGAAAUUUACUCACGACCAGCUCGAACAUGGUUCCAAUCGGACAAGGAUAAGAAGAAAUCCAAAGAUGUUGGCAUGCAAGCUUACAAGUCAAUGUUUAAGAAAUGAAACUUGCAAACCAUAUAGCAUUUUCUUCAUGUUUCAUUUUAUUACAUAUUGUAUCCAGCCCGCAGCAUUUCAAUAACAUAGAGUCUUUUAAUCUUGUCCAAACAUAAAGUCGGGAACAGUCUGGUAGUGUGGAACGGCUUAUUUAGCUCCCUUAAAUCUCAAAAAGUGUCAUUGAAUUUUCAAGCAGC